UUCCCCUGUAGCAAUCCAAUCUUCCAUAUUAGGGUUAGGGCUUCUUAUUUGUACGCAUCUCUUGCAUUCACCGAGUCUCCCAACACUCUAGCAAAAAUGGUGAAGGGACGCCAAGGAGAGCGUGUCAGACUCUACGUCAGAGGAACUGUUCUAGGUUACAAGAGGUCGAAGUCGAAUCAGUACCCAAGCACGUCGCUGGUUCAGAUCGAGGGCGUGAACACGAAGGAGGAGGUGUCAUGGUACCUCGGGAAGCGCAUGGCUUACAUCUACAAGGCUAAGGUGAAGAAGGACGGGUCACACUACCGAUGCAUUUGGGGCAAGGUGACUAGGCCUCAUGGUAACACUGGGGUUGUUCGAGCUAAAUUCAAGUCUAAUCUCCCUCCUAAAUCAAUGGGAGCUAGGGUCAGGGUUUUCAUGUACCCAAGUAAUAUGUGAGUUCCCGCUGAAGGUGUAAAUGGCAGAUUGAGGUCGUCAUUGGUGGCUCCAGAAGGAUUUGCAUCCCAGAUUGAGGUCACCGGCGAUAGAUUGGAUCUGCAUUUUGCUUUGUAGUUUUCUUUUUGGAGCUACACUAGUACUUUAUUCUCGUACUGUUUGUGUCCCGACUAGUUACAGACAGAACAUUUGUUUGACCUGUUUUGUUGCCUCCGCUUACAUGACCUGUCUAUGUGUUUCUUUACUUGGAAAUGGAUUGUUCCAGCGAAUUUUGGUAAAAGAUUGUCAUGUUCUAGAA